AUGUCCGCAACAAGGGGAAAGACCGCGCUGGCGCUCUCGCGCGUGUGGCACCACACGAACGCGCAAGACCGCGUGCUGGGCAACCUCGCGAGCCGCAUCGCCUGGGUCCUGAUGGGCAAGCACAAGCCGACCUACGAUCCUGCGGUCGACGCGGGAGACUACGUCGUCGUCUCCAACGCCUUGGGCGUGCGCCUGACGGGCAGCAAAGCCACGGAGAAGAUGUACUUCCAGCACUCGGGGUUUAUGGGCGGCGAGAAGUUCGUGCCGAUCACGCGGAUGCGUGACAGGCGGCCUGAGGAGAUCAUCCGCAAAGCCGUCUCGGGAAUGCUGCCCAAGAACACGUUCCGCGACCGCCGGCUGGAGCGGCUCAAGAUCUACGCGGAGGAGGCACCCGAGAACGUCAUGAGCAAUGUGCUCACGACGUGGCGCGACGCAGCGCCCAAGCAGUAGGACGACACAUAGCAUGCAUACCCAUUGACCAGAG